AUGUGGGAUGAGCGACCUUUUCAUCACAAAGUUUUCAUUUAUAAUCAGUUCGUUACCAACUUUACUAGGUGGCAGAACACUGUUGACGAGAAUAACGACGUUCAUGUUAGUCAUCCAGUUACCAAUUUCGAAUUCUUUUAUGAACCCUUUUACGUAGCCCCCGACACAGUUCCACCGCACGACGAACGAUUCAUCGGAUACGGAACACAAGAAAUAGUAUACGAGAUGUACGUGGCUGGUUACGAGUUUGUUGUGCUUUCACCAAUUUUCACUUGUCAUUGGGGUUUGCAGAUAAAGCACACGAAGCCGCCGUGGCAGGAACACCAGAACAACAUGAACCGAAAACAAUUCGAUGGAUUCAAACGUGAAAUCUUUGCUAAAUACAACAAGGAUCCGUUGAACUUGAUGUCUUCUCAGAAGAAAAAAGGUGCACCUUAA